AGAUAUGUGGCCCACAUGCUUCUUAUCCUUCUUUGCUUCAUUGGCUUUGCUGCAUUAUUGAUGAUGUUGGUGGGAGAGAUCUUUCUUGCGGCAUUCCUUCAGUUGCUGCUGGACAGGUUAACGCCUCGGGAGAUCCUGGGCUACUUUGGAAGCUUGGGAGGAGCUGGCAAAAAGCUGCAGAAAUGGAGAGAGACACUUUCCGCAGUUGCAGCGGUGCUUUCCGAUGCGGAGGAGAAGCAGCUGACGAGCAAGGCAGUGGAUCUGUGGCUGAAUGACCUGAAACACUUGGCUUAUGAUCUGGACGAUCUACUCAACACCUUUUCUAAUGAGAUGUUAGAACGCGAGCAGCUCAAGCUUCACCAAACUGGCACAAGCAAGGUACGAGGCUUCUUUACCAAAGUUCCUCACAAAGUUAAGUUCAAUUUCAAUAUGAACUCCGAAGUAGACGAGAUUGCUAAUCGGUUGCAAGACAUAUUUGAACGGAAAAAGAAACUCGGUUUGAAAUAUAUUGAGCAUACCUCUACUUCAACAUCCUCAUCGCACAGGACACCAAGUUCAUAUGUGUUGGAUGGACCUGUGGUUGGGAGAGAUGAAGACAGAAGAAAGAUUGUGGAAUUGUUGUCCAGAGAUGCUGAUCCUUCUUCUACCACCAAAUAUCAAGUUGUUGCCAUUGUUGGUAUGGGAGGACUCGGCAAGACAAUGCUUGCGGGACAAGUCUUCAAUGAUGUAGCUGCAAUGAAACAGUUUGAUCUCAAUAUCUGGGUUUCAGUGUCUGAUGACUUCGAUCUUCAAACGGUGACGAGAACUAUUUUUAAGGAAGUUACAUCUCGGCCUUGUGAUAUGGAUGAGUUCAGUCGACUUCAAGAUAAUCUGAGCAAGGAGAUCGGUGGUAAAAGGUUUCUGAUUGUUUUUGAUGAUGUCUGGAGCACGUGUGGUUAUGAUUCAUGGACAAAACUGCAAGCUCCCCUCCGUGGCGGAGCCAAGGGAAGUAAGGUAAUGCUGACAACACGUGAUGAAAAAGUUGCGGCAUUGAUGGGAGCCCCAGCCACUGAAGUUUAUUAUUUAAAGACUCUAUCAGAUGAAGGUUGUUUGCAAGUAUUUGAGCAGCAUGUUAGCAAUGACAGGCCACCGAAUUUCGAGUUGCUUAAGAAGAAAAUUGUUACGAACUGCAAUGGAUUGCCAUUGGCUGCAAAAACUCUUGGGGGUGUUUUACGUUGUAAAGAAACUGACAAAUGGGAGGAAAUGCUGAAUGACAAAUUAUGGAGUAUAUCAGAUGAGAGUAACAUACUCCCAGUACUCAGAUUGAGUUAUCAUUAUCUCCCUUCACCUUUGAAGAGGUGCUUUGCCUAUUGCUCAAUACUUCCCAAUGACUAUGAAUUUGGGAAAACCCAAUUAAUCCUUCUGUGGAUGGCAGAGGGUUUCCUUGAGCAAACAGAAGGGACUAAAGGAAUGGAAGAUAUCGGUGACGAAUAUUUUGGGGAGCUAUUGUCUCGGUCAUUAUUUCAAACCUCGGGCAAAAACAGUUCAUGCUAUGUAAUGCAUGACCUUGUUGGUGAUUUGGCACGAUGGGCUGCUGCAGACACAUUUUGCAGAUUGGAGGAUAAACAGCAUGGUAGAUGUUCUGCAAAGACUCGUCAUCUGAGUUACAUUUCUGCUAAGUUUGAUGGGGAAAAAAGAUUUGAGACAAUUUCUGGAGCAAAACGCUUGCGGACUUUCCUACCACUUCCUGUUUCCGGUGGUUAUGAGAAUUAUCUAACUCGUUAUGCUACUUUCGAUAUAUUGCCACAAUUGAAGUACUUGCGGGUGCUCUCCUUCAAUGGCUAUAAACUGACCGAGGUGCCAAAUUCCGUAGGUAAGUUGAGACAUCUACGGUACCUUGAUCUUUCUCACACAUUAAUAACGUGUUUGCCUGAGUCAACAUGCAUGCUUUACAACUUACAGACGUUAAUAUUAGAGAAUUGUUCAAAAUUGAAGACACUACCUUCAAACAUGAGCAAUUUAUCUAAUUUACGUCAUCUCAACAAUUCAAACAUGCCUUCAUUGGAAGAAAUGCCUCCCAAAGUAAGUCGGUUGACUCAUCUGCGAACUUUGCCUAAUUUUGUGGUGGGGAAAGGUAGUGCAUCAGGGAUUGGAGAGAUACAGUCAUUGCAUCUUCGUGGGACCUUGAGUGUUGGAAGAUUGGAAAAUGUGAUUGAUGUUGGGGAUGCGAAGACGGCUCAAAUAAUGAACAAGGAAGGGCUGGAAAUCUUGCAAUUGGAAUGGAGCGGCACAAGCGAGAAGGAGUUGGAGGUGCUGUGCAGUUUAGAACCUCAUAAAAAGCUUAAGGAGCUGACCAUCAAGGGCUACAAUGGUUUCGAAUUUUCAAAAUGGAUUGGACAUCCUUCAUUCUCUGAUAUGACAUCUGUGAAAUUGGAGAAUUGUAAAAACUGUCGAUUCUUACCUCCUCUUGGCCAAUUACCUUUUCUGAAAAAUCUUCAGAUACUAGGACUGGUCAAUGUUGAAAGUGUGGGUGCUGAGUUUUAUGGAGAGUGCAGCUUGCCUUUUCCAGUGUUGGAAUGCAUGACGUUCCAUGACAUGCAAAAUUGGAAGGAGUGGCUUCCUUGCAAAAGAGAUGAAGAAAUUCGAGUUUUCCCAUGCAUGGAAAAGCUUUCCAUCCUUGGUUGCCCCAAAUUGAAAGGUUGGUUGCCCAAGAACAUGGAUUCAUUAUCACAGCUGUUUAUUGCUGAAUGUGAAGAGUUGGUGGUUUCAAUAGCCAAUUAUAAACAUCUUCGUAUGCUGAUCAUCGACGGUUGUAAAAGGGUGGUGCACAGAAGUGGAGUUAAGUUUGAGUUACUGGAGGCCAUGGGGCUUUAUAAUAUUUCAGAGUUCAGACUCGAAAUAGACGGGUUCAUCAGAGGAUUGCCAAAGCUUCAAACUUUGCGGAUUACUGGUUGUGAAGAGUUGACAUGUUUAUGGGAGAAUGAGGAUAGAUGGCUGCAGCGUCGAGUUUCUAAUAUUAUUGGAGGCAACAUAUCUGACUCCCCCUCUCACUUUAUUCAAGAGCUAAGAGCACUCAAGGAACUUGUGCUAACUGGAUGCUCAAAUCUAAUUUCUUUUCCAGAAGCUGGUUGGCCACCUUGUCUUGAAUGUGUAAAGAUGGAGUCGUGUAAUUCUUUGACAUAUUUCGUAAGGUAUCAAGUUCCGCCAAGCAUAAGAAUGAUAGAGAUAGAAAAAUGUCAAAAUUUGAAACUAUUAGUGAAGGAUGCUGGGGAGCUAGAGGGUUGUCUGGAGUACUUGGAUAUAAAAGAGUGUGCAUCUUUGACAUCCUUAUCAGGCGAAGGAGGCCGACUACCCAGAACGCUCAAAUAUCUAGAGAUACGUGACUGUGAACAAUUGGAGUCAAUAAUCAAAACUUUCCACGAUGACACUUGUCUUGAAGGUCUUGGGAUAGAGAGGUGUGCAAAUCUCAAAUCCUUACCAGAGGGGCUAUGCCAUCUCUCCGCUCUUUGCAUUUUAGUUAUAGCUGAAUGUGGAAGUCUCGUUUCCUUCCCAAGAGGAGGGUUGCCAUCCAACCUGAUAUCGUUUCGUAUCGACGAUUGUGAUCAAUUGGAAGCCGUCCCCAGAGGCAUGGACAACCUCAGCUCUCUUCAGACUUUGUCGUUGGCAUACCGUGGAGGUUUGGCAUCCAUUCUAGAAGAGGGUCUCCCACCCAACCUAAUUACUCUUAAAAUUGGCGAUGCCGAAAGUCUCAAGCCUCUCUCAGAGUGGGGGCUUCACCACUUGGACAGACUCACCUCUCUUAAAGACUUGCUUGUCAUUGGUUUCGAUCCAGAUCUGGUGUCAUUUCCGCCAGAGGAGGUGCUGCUCCCUAAAUCUCUCAUUAAACUCACCAUUGCAGGCUUCCCAAAUCUGAAGCGCCUGUCAUCAUCUUUUCAAUCACUCACCUCUCUUGAAUCCCUUAACAUUAUGCAUUGCCCAAAGCUAGCAUCAAUUAUUCUAGAAAAAGAGGAUUAUCUGCCUCCUUCACUUACACGGCUUCGCAUCUUUGAGGUAUGUCCGCUGCUCACAAAGAUAUAUCAACCAGGUAAAGGACGACACUGGCCCAAACAAAUAGCCCACAUCCCUUACGUUUUUGUUGGAGACUCCACUGAGGAAGCCGAAGCCGACCGCUGGGCAUAGAAAUCAAACUAUAGAGCCGCAAGAAGUACAAGGUUGAGCAAUGGACCAGCUCAAGAGUCUUGAUCCACGCACCCUUCUAAUUCUGGGUUAAGGGCAGCAGCAAGUAAAAGGUGGAGAAAGUUGUUUGCAAUGAGAGCACCUCAAGAAUCUUGAUCUGCCCUCUAGUUCUGGUUCAAGAUUGCCAGUCAAUAUUAUGAUAGCCGAUGAGGAAUUUAAGCAUGCCGCUACCAUUUCAGGGUGUUGAACUUCUGGUAAGAAUAAAGUGACUCCGCAUAAAACUGGAGGUUUUUGAAGCUUGUUGUGGGAUUUUGCAUGCGUGUGGAAGGUCAGCUUCUUCGAGCGCGGUUGUGGGAACAGAGCAGGCUUCAGAACUAAAGGAGCAAAUUUUUUGGGAAACAGUGUGGAGAGUUAGAGAAUUAUAUCAGUUUGGGGCAUUUUCAAGAAGCGAAGAGACUUAGUCACUUAGUUUUGCAAAUUUCAGUGCUUGGGGAUUGCAUAUAUUCAAGAAGUAGGGAAAGGCAGGCUGUUUUGACACUCUUACAGUGAGGGGUUUGGACAGGAAGCAAAGAGAAAAGUAUCUAUGUUUCUAAAAACAAUUUGGAGGAAGGGGAUUAGCUGUUAGACAAGUAACACUGCUUUCCUGUUUUUCCGGUUCGGGAUUUUGCUGCUUCUUCUUCUUCAGAAGGAACAGAGAUUAUAACCUUCUCAUUGGUUUUGAUAAUUGUGAAUCUUUCUAAUUCCAGACUGCAGAUCUUUGCUGUACUUGGAUUUUCAUGAAGGCAUCAAACCAAACAUCAUUACAGUAUUACACAGAUGUGCCACUUUGAUCUAAGUGUCUAGGCCAAUCAAUCAUUCUACUUCUGCAGUUUCUGUCUUCAAAUGUCUAGGAAACAGCUGCCUGUAUAAGGAUGAGAAAGCCAUUAGACGAUGGACCACCUCGAGAUCUGGUUUCUCUAUUUUAUGGCUACAGUGCACUGUGUUAUUCUGGUAGCCAAUCUCUCUUCUUGUACUCGUCCGACAAAAAUUAUACGGACUAAUUAACACUGUUUUAGUCAUCAUUAUCAUCAAUAUAAACUUAUAUAGACUUCACAUGCAAAUCCAAAGCUACCUUUCCUUUCUUAUUAUUCUUAAGAUGGUCUGUUGCAUAUGAAAACCGGGUGCUGGAGCUGUCGGGGCCACUGGAACUCUUAAAGGGCGUUAGAGCAGAAGAAUGUAUGUGCAGUUGUUCAGGAAAGCAUGAUACUAUCAUCAUCUUAGUCGUAUUUAUAAUUACUCGGUCAAAAAAUGCUAUUCAAUACAGAAAAGCCAAAGAAUGUAUGUGCAACUGUUCAAGAGCCGAGGUACAAGAGGCCGAGAGUCAUGCUAGCAUAAAAUCAUUGACUGCCGGAGGGCAAUGCCUGAAUACAUCUUUGGCCGUGUUUUAUAGUAUCAGGCACUAACGGGGGAGCAUAAUAUCAGAGACUUUUGAUAUGUCACCCAGCAAGUAUGGUGUUUAUAAAGAUACUAAUAUCAUUUCUCAGUGUGUUCUUGCACGUCUUGGUGCUCCUUAUCAGUUGUAUGUUUAAUUGAGAGUAAAAAUAGAAUGGUAAAGAGUUGAUAAGUCGACUACUUUGGUGCAAAGGUGACGUUCGGAGUGUAUUGUGUAAGUAAAGGUCGUCAUUGUACCAUCAGUAUUAGAAUCAAUUUUGUGUUCUCUCGGUCUUUGUGGGUCUAAUCCAGUUUUAUAUUGGCGGGUUUCCUCUCUAUGAUGUAAUAAGUCGGUUAGGAUUAGGCUAGAUCAGUAGUUCAAUUCUUAAUCUAUGUAACUAACAUAGAAUAAUAUAUAAAUCAAGCUAUGCUUUUGAUACUUUAA